AUGAUUCUUGAACCAUUCACACUUGUCGCAAUUGGCGCAAUCAUCGCCUUUAUUUUGGCAUUUGCAAUUGGUGCAAACGAUACAGCAAAUUCAUUCGGAACAUCAGUUGGAAGUAAAGUCGUCACACUCCAUCAAGCCUAUAUUCUUGCGAGUAUUUUCGAAACACUUGGCGCAUGUCUUUUGGGACAUCAAGUAACUGAUACAAUGCGAAAAGGUGUUAUCGAUUUUGAUUCGUUGACUGGAGUGGUUGGAAAUUCGACAUCUGCUGUUGAUUCUGAUGCAUCUACGAGAUUGAUUCAAGGUUUGUGGAUUUUAAUGGGAAAAAUAUUGAAAUAUUAUGGAUUUUUGGCUAUUUCUAGCCUAAUGAUAGUUUUUUUCAUGAAUUUUUCAUGAAAAUAUGGGUCCGGGAGCGAUUUUUCAGCUUCUAAAUCGAAAAAUUGGAUCUCUGGGUCUUGGAGCGAUUUUGUUGACCAUGAAACUGAAAAAAUCGAAUUUUCGGAUCUCAGAGCGGGUUUCUGGGCGGCUAGACUAAAAUCAUCGCUCCAGGAUACAAAUUUUCAGCUGAAAAAUCGCUCCAGGACCAAAAACAUGUAAUUUUCAAAAUUUGAAACCUCAAAAAAUCAGAUUUUUAUCCAAAAUUACUUUAAAACCCUCAAAUGUUUUUUCAGAAAUGAUGUUGGGACAAAUAGCAAUAUUAGCCGGAUGUGGAGCGUGGAUGUUAUUGGCGACCGCUUUCAAGCUGCCCGUCUCAACGACUCAUUCAAUUGUUGGCGCAACAAUUGGAUUUGCGUUGGUUGUUUUUGGAACACAGGCGAUUGUUUGGCAUAAGAUUUAUCGCAUUUGUGAGUUGAUUUUCGGGUUUUGGGCUGAAAUUUUGAAUUUUUCAUGGUUUUUUGACCUGGGAACUUUAAAAAUCGAAUUUUUCAUUAAAAAUUCGAAAAAUGGCUCAUUGUGCGUAAAUUUUGACAAAAUUUGACCCAAAAUUCAAGUUUUAUUUGAAAUAUCUAAUCUCGAUUCAAAAAUCGCUGAAAUUUCAUUUGUUUUUUUAUUUUCCCUUUGAAUUUGACGAAAAUUUCAUAUUUCUGGGGUUAUUUUGCUCCAGAAAAUCUAGAUUUUGAAAAUGAAAUUUUUUCACUGUUUCAAAAAGUUUUGAGAAUUUCUGAUGCACUAGAAAAAUACCCUAAAUUUGACGCUAAAACAUCUAAUUUUCUGCCGAACUGUUAGGCCCUAAAAAUCCCCAAUCUUUCCCAAUGUUUCAUUCUUUACAGUCCUUUCAUGGGUUAUUUCCAGAACUCCUAUAAAAUUGGGAAAAUUUUGAGUAUUAAUUCGAAUUUUUAGCUCAAAAUUAAUGUAUUUACAACCAGAUCACAUUUUUCUGCAAAAAUUAAAAUAUGAAUUUUUUCACUGUUUCAAAAAUUUUGAGAAUUUCUGCAUAAAAAAUUUUCCAAUUUCCCCUAAUUUCUUAAUUGUUUUACAGUCCUUUCAUGGGUCAUCUCACCACUUUCAUCUGGUCUCACAUCGGUUAUUAUUUAUACGUCACUCGAUCAUCUUGUAUUGAGAAGAGUAAGUUUUUUGCGUGAUUUUUGUUGAGUUUCCCUGCUGCCGCGAAAAGUGUAAUGAGAGAGAUUUGAAGUUUCUUUGAACUGACAGCUGUUCCAAAAUACAAAUAAAAAGUUUUUUUGAAAAAUGCUUGGGGAUUUUUCGAAGGGGAAUCAUGGAGAAAUUGGGAUUUUUGAAACUAAAUCUGCUCGUUUUUGAGAUCAAAAUUCUGAAAAAAAAAAUGUGAAAAUUAUGAGCCCGGAAAAAACCAAGAUUUCGGUAAAAAAAAAUUUCACUGUUUCAGUAUUGUUAUAUUUGAAAUUUUGAAAGAAUCUCAAUUAGUAAAUAGGAAAUAGGAAAUAAUAAAUUUUCAACCAGAAAAUAUCAAAAAUUCACCAUUUCCCCGCAAUUUUCCCACCAAAACCUCUAUUUUUGCAGAAAGAACCACUUCACAGCGGAAUUCGUGUGCUUCCAGUCCUCUAUUUCAUCUGUUUUGCCUUCAACGUUUUCGCCAUCGUUUUUCAUGGUCCCGAAUUUUUGUAUUUGGACAAAUUGACAUUGGCACAAUGUUUGAUGAUUUCUUGUGCUGUUGGAUUGGCUGUCGCUCUGAUUUUUGCAUUUUUCUUGGCUCCAUAUUUGAAAAAUCAUAUUUUGAGUGAGUUUUUUUCUGUAAUUUUGGUCUUAUUAUAUUUCAAAAAUCAUUUGAGAAAAACAUAAAUUGUUCCUAGUAAGCGGGGCGGAAAAUUGGAGCGUAUUUUUGAAAAUUAAUUUUCUCAAAAUUUUGAAACGUAAAUUUUUCUGAAAAAAAAUGUGACUGGUUUUAGGCUGAAAUUUCCUCUUGCAAAAAAGAUAUUUUUUGAGAAAUGUUUUAAUUUCUUCUAAAUAUUCGAGUUUGUCUGGGAUUUUCAGCUCUAAAACAUGAUUCUUGAAAUUGGUAAUUUUUAGAAUAAAAAUCUUGAAUUUACAAUUUUUUUGGUUGAAAUUUAAAAAAAUGAAUAGAACAUACAGUUAAUACUUCGACAAAAAGUAUACCCAAGAAAUGUAUUUUUUGAAACGUAUUAUUUGCGGGGUUUUCACGUACGGAAAAGUGGAAAUUUCAUUCAAAAAAUUUUUGCAGGCAAAGAAUUGGUCGAAAUGACAGAACGUCGAAAAUCGCAUCACAACGAAAAAAACAAUAACAACAACCCGAAAGAUUUGGAAAAUGGCACAAGUUUGCAAGAAAAACAACAAAAAACACCAUUUUUGAGCGAAAACGACGAAGAUCAACCGAAAAUUGUUGUAACUCGACCAAGCACAGAUGAAGGUAUCACAAGUUCGUCUAACUCGAAAAACAACAAUACAAUUCGCCCCGCUUCAUCUUUAGCCUCAUUUUUCCGUAGCUGUAAACCGGAAGAUCCACAAGCUUCGAAACUUUUCUCACUUUUACAAGUGAUGACAGCUUGUUUUGGUGGAUUUGCUCACGGUGGAAAUGAUGUGUCGAAUGCGAUUGCACCAUUAGUCGCCCUGGUUUUAUAUCAAUCACAUGGUCAAAAUUCGGAAUCGAUGCCAACUCCUUGGUGGAUUUUAUUAUACGGAUCAGCUGGAAUGUGCUUAGGAUUGUGGGUUUUGGGACAUCGUGUCAUCUAUACUGUUGGAGAGAAUUUGACAAAAAUCACACCGGCUUCCGGGUUUGCUGUUGAAUUUGGAAGUGCUGUGACAGUUCUGAUUGCCUCGAAAUUCGGAAUGCCAAUUUCGUCGACACAAUGCAAAGUUGGAAGUGUUGUAGCGGUUGGAUUGGUUCAAGCGAAUCAUCAAGUUGAUUGGGGAGUGUUUAGGAAUAUUUCGCUCUCAUGGAUUGUUACGCUGCCUGUUGCUGGUAAGCUUUUUGGGGGAAUUACAGUGUUUUGGUCAAAUUUUGGGACUUUUUCCGAUUUUCGAGGUUUUAGGGGGAAUUUUCAUGAAAAACUGAAAUUUCAGCAUGAAAAUACGGUCCAGGCUAGUCCGCUUCAGCAAAAAGCCUAGAAAUCCUAAAUUUAAAGCCCAAGUUCCCCCGAAAAUCAAUAAAUUCGAAGCACGGCCUGAUUUCUGGCCUGAAAAAAUCCAUAAAUUCAUGGAAACAUCCAAAUUCGGCCCUAAAAAUUGUUUUUUUUGAUGUUCAGGCCGAAUUGUAGACCUUUUCUGAAAAUUCCGCAUUUUUAGGCUGAAAUUGGGCCUUUUUUCUAUUUGGUUAGUAUGAGUAAUACCAGAUUUUCCGAAGUUUUUGAUUUUUAAUCUCAAAAUUUUUUAAAACAGCAAAAACUUUUCCAUUAUUUUCGAAUCCUCCUAAUUUUCUAAUUUUUACAGGACUUUUAUCUGCUGGCGCAAUGACACUUCUUCAUAUUUUAUCAUUCGGAACUGGACAAACAUCCCAAGAUUCGGUUUUGAAAUUGUUUUUCUAA